AUGGAGACAGGAAAUGAGACAUUGAGCACAGAUUUCAUUCUCCUGGGCCUUUUUCCUGGAAUGAGACAUACCGGUCUCCUUGUCUCUGUUGUCCUUCUCAUCUACACCAUUGCUAUCACAGGAAACACCACUUUGAUCCUCCUCAUCUGGGUGGAUCCCCACCUCCACACCUCCAUGUAUUUCCUGCUUAGCCAACUCUCUCUCAUUGACCUGGCUUUCAUCUCUAGCAUAGUGCCAAAAAUGCUGGUUAACUUUUUCUCAGGAAACAGGAAGAUUUCCCUGAUUGGCUGUGGGAUCCAGAUCUUCUUCACUUUGACUCUGGGGAUUGCUGAGUGCCUACUCUUGACCCUCAUGGCUUAUGACCGCUAUGUGGCCAUCUGCAAUCCUCUCAAGUACCCAAUCAUUAUCAGCCACCAGGUCUCCCAGAAAAUGGCCAUUGGAUCCUGGGUGGGAGGGACUCUGGCAUCCUUGGCCCACACAGCCUACACCAUGCAUUUUCCCCUCUGUGGCCCCCGGGAACUUCAUGACUUCUUCUGUGAGGUCAAGGCCAUCUUGAAGCUAUCUUGUGAGGACAUCUCAGCCUAUGAGAAGGGAGUAGUAGUGACCAGCACUGUUGUGGUUCUUCUCCCCAUAAGCUUCAUCCUGACCUCCUACACACUCAUCUUCCUGCAGGUCCUGCAAAUAAACUCCCGUGAGGGAAGGAGCAAGGCCCUGGCUACCUGCUCCUCCCAUCUGACUGUGGUCAUCUUUUACUAUGGCCCACCCAUGCUCAUAUACAUGAGGCCUGGAUCUUACCACACCCCCAUCCUAAACCAGGCUCUCUUUAUGUUUGACACCAUCCUCACUCCCAUGCUGAACCCUCUCAUCUACAGUCUAAGGAAAAAGGAGGUUUUGAGAUCAAUGAAGAAGGUACUGAGGAAGUGUGCCAUUCAGAAUAGGCUUCCAUGUUUCAAUGACUAG